AUGCGCGACCGCUGCGACCGCUGCGAUCCCAGCAGGCUCAGCGGAGAGGCGCGCGAGCCGGGCGUGCCUCCAGCGUGCGGCGUGACGAGCGGCGACGAGCGGAGCGUCGAUUGGCCAGCCUGCGGGCCGGCCGGCGUGUUGGCCACGUCGGACGACUGCAGCGGGGAGCUCGCCGAGCGACGCGAGCUGCCGGAGGCGGAGAGGGCGAGGGGCGAUGAGCUCAUCGCAGCCGGCCUCGUCGCGAUCGCUACUGCCGGCCUCAUCGCGGUCGGGCACCACGUUACCCAACGCUUCUUCCUCGCGCUGGGCCUCGGUUGGAUACGGCGGAGAAAUUAUGCGGUGUCGCGGGACUACUGGGAGAGCCGCUACUCGGGCCGCACCUGCUGGUCACUGCGACCCCACGAGCAGGCAUUCCACCUGGCGACGGCUCACCCGGCCUUGCUGCUCGUGGCGAUGCUCUGGCUGUGUGCGCCGUCGCUGGUCGACACUGUCGAGCCGGGUGCGCUUCCGGUGAGCAGCCUGCAGGGCGGGUCGCCGCCUGGCCUGCCCUUCCUGGGAGUAUUUCACGUCGCUGGGCUGGGCUCCCCGCUGAUGCUUUACGACACCUCGCACUGCUCGUGGGAUGAAGGGACGCGCAUCGCCCGCUGCCCGCUCAAAGGUGCCGCAGUCGCGUGGUCUGGAGCCACGGGCGGGGCCGGCGGGCUCUCCUCAGAGAGCGGGCUGGCUGCCCUAGCGGCAUCGCUGAGCACGAACCUCCUCUCCCUCGCCACCGCUCUCCUCCAGCCCUCGCUCGUCUUCCGCUUCGAGCCAUCGCGGCGCAGCGCCUCGGUGACGGCCGAGGCGCUCGGCCUCUCGGCGCCGACCGCCUCGCUGCUCACCUCCCACCGUGGCGGCGUGUGGCGCUGGGAAGGCCGGGAGAUGGUGCCCCUCAUGACCAAGGCGGGCAGGCGCAACCGCGGCAACCUCAACAAGCUCGCCGCCGCCGCUCGCGCCGCACAGUGA